CUUUCAAGUGUUACACACAAUUCAUGACUUAUCCAAUUACGGUAGUAAUAUUCUUAUUUGGCAUCAUAUAUUGCCCAUUUAAAUUUUCCAUGUAUAUAUGAUAAGAUUUUAUACCCUAAUUCAUUUACAGUAUCAAGGUUGCAAGCUAAGGCAUUAUAGCUUUCCUAUAUAUACCCCAUCUCUCUUGCAUCAUUAUUCAAGCCUUAUUUUAGAGACCACACCAAAGCUAUACGUAAGAUCGAAACUUUUGAUAGAUUUUCUCAUAUGGAUGAAGUGACUACUUUAGCUUUCUUUUUUCUUUCAUAUUGCGGUAUUGUGCAUGGAGGUAUCACUUCACUGUGCAGCCAAACACCGUACCCAAAGUUAUGCAACUCUCUGAUUCCCAUAUUACCUGAUAAAGAAACCAUAGCAGAUACUGACAUCUUCAGCUUUCGUAAUACCGCUCUUAGAGUAACCCUAGCUCAAGCUCAGAAUGCCCAUAAGGAAAUUUUAUCUAUGAACAUAAGUUCAUUGAGUGAGAAAGGGAAGUUGGUUUGGGCUGAUUGCUCAGAGCUUUCUGAAGAUACUUUAUAUCACCUUAACAGGUCCAUCACAUAUAGCAACCCGAAUGAUGCUCAAACAUGGCUAAGUGCAGCUAUGGCUAAUCAUCAAACCUGCUUAAAUGGAUUCCAUGAUUUCGAAUUAUCUUCGUAUUUGGAGAAAUUUCCCUUUGUUGUAGGCGAUUUCUCCAAAUAUCUUUGCAACUCACUUUCCAUAAACAAAGCCAUGACAACACUUUCAACAAAGCAUCAACUUAAGGGGCGACGCCUUUCACAAGUGUUUCCAGAAUGGCUUUCUGUAUCUGACAGACGAAAGCUUUUACAAACAUCUAAAGGAGCACAUAUUGUGGUGGCUCAAGACGGUUCUGGGAAUUAUAAGACUAUUUCUGAAGCUUUGGCUGCAGCAAAAAUCAUGAGGAAAGGCAUGGAGAGAUUUGUGAUAUACGUCAAAAGAGGUGUGUAUAAAGAAAAUGUGAAGAUCAAGACGACAAUGAAGAAUUUAAUGUUCAUUGGAGAUGGGAUUGAUGCUACCAUUAUCACUGGCAAAAGAAAUGUUCACGAUGGCUCUACAACUUUUCGUUCAGCAACUUUUGCUGUUUCUGGAGCUGGCUUCAUUGCCAAGGGUAUAACCUUCGAGAAUACGGCUGGACCUCAAAAACACCAGGCAGUGGCUCUACUUUCUGGUUCAGAUUUCUCAGUAUUUUAUCGUUGCAGUUUCAAAGGGUACCAAGACACCUUAUACGUUCACUCUCACCGACAGUUCUAUCGCGAUUGUGACAUACAUGGGACAGUAGACUUCAUAUUUGGUGAUGCAGUUGCAGUGCUUCAAAAUUGUAACAUUUUCGUAAGAAAGCCAAUGAGAAAUCAAAAAAAUACUAUCACAGCCCAAGGAAGAAGUAGCCCUGAUGAAAACACAGGAAUUAUAAUACAUAGUUCCCGUAUUACAGCAGCAUCAGACUUGAGGCAUGUUCAAGGUUCAUUUAAAACUUAUCUUGGUAGGCCAUGGAAGCAAUAUUCAAGAACAUUGUUCAUAAAGUGUACAAUUGAUAACCUGAUUGACCCCGUCGGCUGGCUGCCAUGGAGUGGGGAAUUUGCCCUUAAAACUUUGUACUAUGGUGAGUACAUGAACACAGGAGCUGGUGCAGGAACUCGUAAUAGGGUAACAUGGCCGGGCUACCACGUCAUAACGAAUGUUAUGGAGGCUGGAAAGUUCUCUGUUGGGAACUUCUUGACCGGAGACUCAUGGCUUCCGGUGACUAAAGUUCCCUACACAUCUAGCCUGUGAAUGAUGUUGUAAAAACUCAGAAAUAUGUGGUCUUUCUUUCUUUCUGUGCACGUGAUUUUCUUAUUUGGUCAUUAUGUGAAAUUGGUAUAUGGUCAGCCACUCAAAACGUUUAUCUUAUAUAGGUAACUGUCACGUAGUUUGUAUAGACUAGUGCAUGGUUGUACUUGUACACAUUGUAUACCCACAAGUUUGUCUGCCGAUAAGCAAAAGGGGUUCAAAUAUUAGAGUAUGACAAUUAAUGCAUAAAGUGAUUUCAGUUUA